AUGAAGAUAAAUUUAGAUAAAAUCAUUCAUUUUACUAAAAGAGAUAAAAUAUUUCAAUAGGGUAUCUUUACUUUGAUAGUUAUAGUCCUUACAGUGACUAUAAUAUCUUUAAUUAUUAAAAGAAGGCGAGCAAAUAAAGCUAAAUCAAUGCCCAUUUAACAUAACAGUCAACCUAAAGAAGUUUAAACUUGUGAAUAAAUGAUGAAAUAAUUAGAAAAUAAUGGAUUUAUUAGACUUAAAAGCUAUCGCCCAUUUUAAGAAGAAGACUUAUUCAAAUACGAUGAUGAGCUUUACUCUGUUAAGCAAUUUAAAAGCAGGUAUCCGAAUGCAAAAGGUUUUAUUUGCUAUUCAGAUAGUAGCCAGAAAGUACCAUAUAAUUAUAUUGGAAUUUGUGAUGCAGAUUUAAUUCAUGAGUUUAUGGUAGAGAAAGAAAAAUAUUAUGAAAGAGAUGUAACACUUUCUUAUGUAGCAAGGAUUCUCGGAGAUAGCUUACUAUUUAAUCUUUCAGAUAUAUGGAGAAUGAAGCGCAAAGUUUAUGGAUAGAUGUUCCAUUUUUAUUAAUAUCAUCAGCUUGUGAAGUUGGUGAGAGAAAUAACUACAAAAAAUUCUUAUAUAAUAGACAUGAAUUCUUAAAAGCCUGUAUAGCUAAUAUCUCACUUUGAAGAUAUUCUAGGAGAAUGGUCUCUUCAUCUAUUUUUCGGAUAUAAUGCUAGCUAAUAUGAUUUACAAUCUAAAUUAAAAGCAGCUUAUAACAAUGCUCGCUCUGCCAUACUCCUUUUACAGCCCCAAAAUAUAAUAAACUGUCUUGACCCUUUAAAGGAAGUCCUCCUUGAAUAUCUAUACAUCACUUCUGAUUAGAUAAAAAGCGAUCCUGAUUACUAAAGCAAACCUUAAAAUAACAUCACAUGGUUUUUGCUAAAUAGCAAAGAAGUUUAAUGGAACAAAGAUUUCCUUGAUUAAAUUUGCUAAGAUAUUAUCAUCUUUUUCUUCGCUGGAAGAGAUACGAUGGCUCAUACUCUUUAAAUGAUGUUUUAUUAUUUAUGUAUUUACCCUGAAUAUAAAAAGAAGAUAGACGAAGAAAUAAAUAGCCUAAACGGAGAUUAUUCUGUUUAAAAUAUUUCAAAUUUAAAUUAUUUAGAAGCUGUUUUAAAAGAAACUCUUAGACACUAUGGACCAACAACUACAAUUUUACCUAAAGUUGUCAUGGAAAGACAUUCCUUUAUGAACGAUAAAGUAUUCUUAGAAGAAGGAACAAUUGUUUCUUUGGCAAUCCAAGAGCUUAAUUAUGAUCCACAACAUUAUGAAAAUCCCUUUAAGUUUUAUCCCGAGAGAUGGUUUGACGAAAACUUAAAACAGAAGGAGAAGAAAAUUUUCAUGCCUUUCUCAUAUGGCUCCCAUAAGUGUAUAGGAGAUAAGUUGGCACUACCAGUGAUGAAAAUGCUAUAUAUAACUCUGAAUGAAUAUUUUUCAAUAGACAUUGAUCCUAGCUUCAAAUUAAAGCUUGUUGCCCUAAUAUAAUAUACUCCUUCUACUUAAAUACCUUUUCUAAUUACUAAAAAAAAAAAUAUUUAAAGCAAUAACGAAGUGUAUUUUUCGUGA